AACUGGUUUUGACACGUUUUUUUUUCUUCCCUCCCAGAAGAUUUCAAAUCACUUAAUAUAAUUUUUGGUGAAUUUUAUGAAUAGUUCAAUUUAAUAAAAGUUGGCAAUACAUUUUGGGAUUUUUCAUAUUUGUUCCAGUUAGUACGAUACCACAAGCCUUUAGUCUACAGAAGUUACUAGAUCAGUGGUCCUCACAGUAAUUUGGGCACGGGCAUAAAUUGAUCUUAUUUGGCUGUUUGCGGGCACGCUGACUAUUGCAUAGGUUCUUAUCUUAAACACUGCCUUCCCCCGACAUAUCAUAUACGCAGAUUUCACACUGCUUUUCAUAAAGCAGGGUCGACCUGGGUGAUAGAAGUAAAUACUUAACGUGCGUAUCAAUGCCCCGGAAGCAGCUUGUUAUGGACGCUUCCAUCCAAGCUUCUCUGGAUUGAACCGUCAGCCCAAAUGUUGAUUAAAGCAAAUGUUUCUUCAUCCCUGCUGCAAUCUGGCUCACGCUGUGUCUCAGUCAACGAAAACAUGGCUAAAUACAAUAAACAGAAAUGUUCCUUGUGGAAGUGAAACCUCCACGCAGGCGUGGCUGUUUGUUAUUUUGUCAGCUUACAAACCGCCAUCAUGCAUUUUGUCUCACUCAAUCCGGGUCAAAGCGUGUCACCCCACAUCCUGAGGUGGGUCGCUGGGACCCGGGUCAAACUGGGUAUGACCCAGGUAUGGGGUUUCACACUACGCAGGAUUGUGACCCGGAUAGCAGGAACCCGGGUUGGGACCUGUGUAGGAGUGCCAGUGUAAAAGGGGCUUUAGAUUGGGUGUGCAGUGAAAAGGGUACUUUACUAUACACAAUAAAAGAAAAUAUAUUAAAGGCUGGCAAGAACAGAGCAUAAAGAGGAAAGGGCAAUUACUUCAAGUUGUCAGGGUUACGUGAGGAACGGGGGCAUGUUUACCGAUAGGCCCUGAUUUGUGAGAAUUAAAUAACCUUCCAUUUAAAACAAACAUCGUGUUCAGAUUUUAAACAGAUAAACACAGAAAACACUUGUUUUUUUUAUUUGGUCUUGAUUCUUCAUUGCUGCUGAAUGUUGGGCACAAGGCUCAAACUUGUGACACUAAUCAGAUCCAUAUUAUGUAACUGGCAGCAUAAGUUAGUUUAAGUUAGUUCAUUAAUGCAGGAAACAUGGUUUGAAGACUAAUAGCCUUGGCUUGCCAAGUUGUAUAUUUGCCCACACUGCCAGCAGACAGGGUUGGUGUACCUGCUUGCAGAAAUGUUGUAAUGUCAAUAAUAACAAUAAUAUGAUUGAUUGGAUACAGCUGCGUACCACUCUGAUUGUCUGAAGGAACGUUUGGAUUCCAAUAAUUAGAGUAGUUAUGACUUGUGUAGGAGAACCCAUGAACUUACAGUGCUGGAAAACAAUUUAGGGGAUACCAAGAGAUAUUUAAAUAAAACACAUAAGACCCAAUUUAAUCAGACUUAAUUUUAUUAAAACAUUUCACAGCGGGUACAACUCUUUGAGUUGUAACAAUUAAUUUCCUUAAGUGUCCCAUAAACCUCAAAAUAAACAAUUAGUUACAACUGUCAUUGGCAAGCCUUGAAAAGAUAAAGGGGGCUGUGGAAUGGACACAGAAUCAAGGAUAGGAAAAUUGAUUUUAAAACCUUAGCUAAUCACAUAACACUUACAGACUAAGUUAAAUACAUUUGUGUUAUCCAAGCUUUUAUGACUAGGUUUUUUGUCAAACGGUAACAUAAUGCGGCUUAAAAUAAAAUGGAGAAUACAUCAAUCAUAAUUCUAAAUGUAUCUACAGUGCCUUAAGGCAUAUUGUACAGUCUGUGGGCUGAGGACUGAGCUCACUGAAUAGUGUAAAUGAAAAGACUUAAGAAAGUACUCCAGCCAGAGGGAGACCGAUCCGUUCAAGCAUUAUUUAUAGUAAAACAACAGCUCUUUUUGUAUGAUACAUCAUCACUCACAUGGGAUGUAAGCGAGAUCAAGCUGAGUGCUUCAAGUUCUACAGUGAAGAAGACAGUAACUUUGCCAAACAAAGGGCUGUGGAGGCUAAAGUGGAGAGCCAUGGAAAAAGUAAGUGAAGCCGGAACUGGGGAGGUGAAUUCACAGAUCGCUCAGUUGCAGGCACUGGCUGCUGAGCUGAAGUGUGACUUUCUGGGGACCAUGCAGGAGCUGUCCAAUAUCCAGCAAGGGGAUCACAGCCUGGAGGAGAAGAUGAAGUUCUGUCAGAACAAAAUGGAUGAAAAACUCAUGGGGAUUAAGAAUUCAUUUAACACUUUUAAGGAGGAGCUCAGCAGGGCCUUGUCACGGAUUAACAAGACCAACUACAGGCAGAGAGAGAUGCAGAAGAACUUAAAACUCUUCCAGAUAAAGAUGGAAAGAGAAGUCCUUUCAUCAUUACAUAGAAAAAGCCACAGAGAGGAUGGUCUAACAGAAAGCAGUCAGUGUUUAUCAAACCAGGUGGAACUCAAUGUGAUACAGCACUAUUUUGCAAGUUUACCCAACAAUCCUGCUGUUCAAAAAGACUCUUUUUCAGUUCUGCAAUUCCUUAUUCAGCAGCAUCUGGACUUGCUUCGCAUCCUGCAAGACCGAGUGUUGAAAUGCCAGUGGCAGGGCAUCAUGGGGGAUAUAUUUAUGAAGUUAACCAGCAAGGAGAGUGAUUUCCUUGAUUACUAUGUUGCGUAUCUGAAGGAGUUGCCUGAAUGCCUUUCUGUUGUGAGCAUGUCCUGCUCCAAGGCCCCAGGGGAUGAGCAUCAACCUUCCCUGCACUCGCUGCUCCUACAGCCAGUGCGCCGUGUCCCAGAAUACCUUUCACUAUUACAGAACUUGUUGAAACACACUGAUCCAGAGCACCCUGAUUACCACCUGUUACUGAUCUGUAUCCAGCAGCUUCAAUCCUUCCUGUGCCAGAGCAGUCACCUGCUUCAGCAUAAUGAAGCCCUGCUGACUCAGGACAUGAAAGACUUAAAGAGACCGCAUGACUGGCUGUCAGACAGCAGGAAAUGUGACAAAGGCGAGUGUUUCAACCAAGGGGCGUUUUGUAGACCUGACACAGAGAGGAGGUCGAGAUCGCCCCCUCUGCAGGUCAUCCCUGAGACUGAGCUAGAGAGCGGCUCCCUGAAGCACCUGGCCUGCAAUAGAUCCUCCUCCAGCCCCCAGGCCAGCAGCAAGAGCAUUGCCGAUUAUGACAGCAUCCUUCUCCGGGAGGAGGCGCUGGGCCUGGAGAGCCUGUAUGAAGAAGACAGGGAGUCUCUACAGAACGCGUCUCUCUUUGAUAACUGCUCCACCGCCUCCUUGGACUCCAGCCUGGACAUCACCUUCAUCAGCACCAAGAACUACACCAGUGAGUCGUGCGUGUUGGACUACCAUAAGUCAGGGAGGACUCGCUUCUCCCCAGAGGACCCAGGUUCCUACAGGCACACGAGGAAAAGCAAGUCACUGAACGGUCUCCAGCUGGAAAGCACCUGCACCGCGUCUGACGCUGACAACCUUAAGACUGCGCCUGGUAACAGCCUGCAGAGUAACGGCAGUGGAGGCAGCCAGCACACCAAGCUGGAGACGGCUGCCGCCAAGGGGCCGGCUGCACAAAAACCCCAGAGGAGCCUUAACCCGCAUCAGAAAUGGGAGAGCAAAAACCGAGCAGCUGCUCAAGAAGAAUCAUCAAGGGGGGAAUCAGACAAGGAGACUUGUGCCUUGACCAGGAGUGGAGUGUUAGAAUUGAAAAGCAGAGCACAAGAAAACGUCCAGACAGGGUUCAGUGGACGAAACAGGAAGCAAGAGCAGAAAGGGGGGUUUAGAAGCUCUUUCCGGAAAUUGUUCAAGAAAAAAUCAAGCAGUUCAGAAGGCAAAGAAAAGGGGAAUGAGAAACCAACAGCGAAGCAGGCAGCCAUUUCUCAUCAAGAAUUAACAAAGACACCUCAACCUUCUCGUAGCGGAGAUCUGGAUAAGGGAACUGCAGUCUGAGGAACAGCUCACCCAAGUUACAAUCAUGCCCAGGGUGGGACAAAUCACUUUGGCCACUAGCUUUCAAAACCUGGUGGCCAAGUUAACAUUUAUGGUGGCCAACAUUUUAAAAUGGGGAUAAUAUGAGGAGACUUUUGCUUUUGCAUGCUUUGGGUGUUUUUUUUUUUAAAUUAUCUUUAAAUUGUGGACGGGGAACUAUAUACAAUCAAUGUGCCAGAAAAGUACAUAAAAUUCCAGGGAACAAUAUACAUUAAAUGCCAGGGAACUGUUUUCUGUGUGCAUAAAGUGCCAGUGAGUGACUUAUAUACAUAAAAUGCCAGGGAACUAUAUACAUAGAACUAUAUUAAUCAAAUGCCAGGGAAGUGAACACAUUUCUUUAUUUUUCAAUUACUGGCUAAAAUACGUACACUUUGUUAGCUCAUUUUCAUGUUUGUCCAGAUGCAGAUUUGUUCAAAUCCAAAUGCAAAUAGAUGUGGUUGUUGCUUCAGUUUCUUUGACGUUUUAUUCGGGUAAAUAAGAUAUAUUUUGAGCAAAUGUUUUUUAAUUUCCCGUGCUGUCUAAGCUGAUCACCGAGCAAGUCAGGGAAACUCAAUGGCCUGUAGCAUUGCAGCACUCACACUGAGAAUUUUUAAAAACCUGUGCAGUUAUUUUAAACCCCCUGUCUGUGCCGUAAGGCAGCACAGACACCUCAACACUCCUUUCAUCCCUUGUUGAUGUUGGGGUGAGAGGAAUCUCUUCCGAACUGUAGACAGUUCAGAAAAAAUCGGAAUGAUAACUUCUGGCUGGUGCGCGUUACUAUGGAAACAGACAGUUAAGCAGAAAGCCUUUAUUACAGAACCGAAGUUCUGUUGUAUAUCCUGUAAAUGGCGUGGCAACUUUGUGGUCAAAUCUACUGGUUAUAUUAAAAUUGAAGGUCACAUUUGGCGACCUGAUUUGAAGCACUCUGUUCAUGCCGUACUUAAUGUUAGGGCUACGUCUGCAUUGCUAUAGAAAAUUAUGAAAUGUAACAAGACAAAAAGGAAACCCCUACCAUAACACUGUUAACAAGGACUGCACUGAUUUAAUGAGACAAGUCUGCAAGAAAUUCAGAUUCUUCAGGGAUACAGGACAAUUGCUUAAUGAUUACCACCUCUAAUGCCUUUAAAAAAAUAGGGGUGUAUAUCGGUUUAGUUAACUAAAAAAGCUGACUAAAUAGUAGAAACUUGGAUGUCAAAGCACCUGCCAACUGAAAGCCUUCGUCGACAGUCUGUCUCGCCCAUUGUGACUGACACUGCCAGAUACAGCUUUUAUAGUACACGUCAGUGAUGCCAUUUAAAUAAAUCUAAUAAAUAGUCUAACCCACCAUAUUACUUACACACUGGUCUGUGCUCUAGUUGGUUUAAAGUGUUGCAUUUUCUCAUCUCUUAUUCGCACGAAGCACUAGCUAAAUUAUCACUGUUCCCCCUUUUCCCUGUGUUGAAGCUAUUUUGGGUGAUUGUUAGUUUUUAUUAACUAUGCAGGUAUGUCACAUACUGCAGCUGCUGCUGCUGCAUCCCAGUACCUAAAGUAAUGGCCUCCUGUGCUGCUACUCACUAAAGGUCUAAUAGCAUUGAUUAUGUGACCUACAGUAUGGCAUCUCACGUGACUAGGUACAGUACUAAGAAGGAGUUUAAUAGAUUUGACCUCAUGGUGCAAUGUACAGUAUUUAAGAUGGUAGCAAUGUAAUUUCAUGAUUUGGGGAAACCUGUACCCAUAAAACACUAUUUAGGUAAGGCAAAAAGAUAAAUCUUUUUUUUUUUUUUAUGUUUCAAUCACACUUAAGCAAACUGGAUAUUUAGUCAUGAGGAUACACCUGCUUUCAGUUUGUAGAACACAUUUUAAUGCCAAAAACAAUGGUGAGUCAUGUUUCCAUUUUUUAAUGCAAAAUGAAUACUGUUACUAACAUAGAAUACAAAGAUCAUCUACAGACACAGUUAGGUACACAGGUAAAGGUUAGGUGUGCCAGUAGAUUACCACUUUGUUCUUUUAUCUCGGUCAGUCACAUAGCUUUUACAGUUAAUCAUAGCAAAUAAUCAUGCCAAUAAAGCAAAAGGCAAGUACAUAUAUACACAAAUAAAUUUAAACUGAAGUUAUGUACAAUUCACUUUUUUUUUUUUUUUAAUUUCAUGUUUUGUUUUUAAACUGACAAGGUUUGGUCGCCAGUACGUUUUAAACCCUCAGCGAUUGCUGGGUCCUUUCUUAAACACGACCUGGCACUCGAGUGGUUAAAUGCAUCCCCACCUGGAAAACCAUAAAAAAAUAAAAUGAUGGGUGUAAUAAAAAGGCACAUUUUGGUAGCUAAUGAAACUGGCAUGCAUCUGGCACAGGGUAAAAUUAUCACGCAUUCAGACACCUUGGAGGUGACUGCAUUGAAACCAUAAGCAAUUGUACAGGUGUUAGAAGAGACCUGGUUUACCUGUUGUGUAUCACUGUUUGCUGCAGAGCUAUUUAAAGCACUGUUUCUGAUAAAGGCAAAGGGGAAAUCAACAUACAGUUGACAUUAAAAUGCACUUUAUGGUAAUUACCCAAGACAUAAUGGAAGCUACACUAGAUACUCUUAUGCAGAUAUAUUUCUUUCUUUUCAGUGCUGUGUUUUUUAGGAAAUAAGACCAACAUUAAAAGUCUAACAUACACUUCAAUCACUUACAUGCUUUCCCACAGUGGUACUGUGACCGCUCAAUUGAAAUUUAUUAAAAUAAUAAUCUGGUUAAAAUUAUUUGUGAAUCUGUACAUACAACUUAGAUCUUUGUACCUGUGGUAGGAGCAAACAGUUAAGGAAUGCGGACACAAGUGUUUAACCAUUGCCAAUGUUGACACUAUACUUGGAUACUAAAUAAGCAACACUUUGCAGCACUCGAAGGUUGUGGUAUUGUAUUAGCAGACAUGUCUUCAGUAUUAAACAUUACUAUUCAAAGUGCAGUCUGUGAAGACAAUUAAAGAACACCAAAUACUUCAGCUACCAAUGACAUUACAAAAAACAAAACAGCGACCUAUUAUUAUUUUUCUUUUUAAUUACAGGAUCUUUCAGGAAUUAUCAUUUUGGACAGACCCUUCAUAAUGAUGACCUGGAGACACAUUUGUUAAUUCUAUAGGGCGAUGCAAAACUUUUGUCCAUAGCUGUACAGGCAUGUGAUCUUGGCUUCUCUGCUCCCUACCCAAGUGUAUUCAGUUUAGUUAGAGAGAUCUUUCAAUGUUUUCGACAAAGACAAUGAAAAUGACACAAUGUCAAAACUUUUGUCGGGCUUAACUUAGGCCAUGUUGUAAUCCUUUACUGCCCUGGGUAUGUUCCCAUACCUAUUUAAUAACUAUUCUCUCAAUGUCAAAUAGACACUGGGCAGCAAAGGGUUAAAAAAUAGCACAUUUUGUUAGGGCUUACUGGUAUAAAGGAAAUAACACCUGCAUUGUUUCUCAAUAUGGCCACAUGUUCUUUUGUAUUACUACAUACAGAAUGUUUGCUUGUCUAAAAGUUAUGAAUUAGUGCCACUGAAAGUUGUCUGACCCAGUGAUGCAUUCCAACUGAUGUUUUUUUUUUUUUUUUUUUCUGUAUGAAA